AUGGACUUCGUCUUCCCCAGUAACCUCCAGCACGUUGCAAAGUACAUGCUCACGACGAGAUGAUCAUCGCAGGGUGGCAGACCAAGUUCGGACAAGAUUGACAAGAACUCGGGACACGAGAAGAAAACCGCGGCUACACCAGUUGUCUUGGACGGUCUAGGGUUUUGGGGGGAUGGCGUCACUGUGCUGGACGAAUGUGGUGCGCAGGCUGUGCAUCAUGCUGAAUGGGAGGAUCGCAGAGAUUUUUCGACGCUUCAACAUCACAGGCGACCUCAAGGCAGCAGUCCUUCAUCUCAUGGAGAGCAGCGGCAAGGACGAGGAUCCAAUUCUGGUAAUAGUGUGGAAUCCUGCCGAGCUUCAAAGGAUUGCUGGGCCAAAGCAGGGUAAGGCACAAAUCCUACAGGCUUUCUCGAAUGCCGCCGGAUGCAGUCGAUUACCAGCUGGGUACCCCUGCGAGGAUCAAGUCUUUUGCUUUCGGUCCUUGGGAGACUUGUUCGCUCUGAAGACAACCUUGGUGACACAAUACCAGUGGUGUUAUGGGAAUUAUCCAAAUCCCGUGGCAACUACGCUUCUGAUCACUGAUCUAAGGAAGGUUGUGCCGACUGUGGACUCCUUCCCGAUGUUCUACUGAACCCAAGGCUUUAUCCCACGCAGCUGAUCGCCCAAACUGUUUUCCGUUUCGGGUGGACGACUUAACGAACUCGCAGCUCUCGUCCAUGGAUGCGUUUUACUUCACUCGGCCAGUCCAAGUGACAAACAAGGAGCUUUUCUUCUCA